GCAUUAUCGCUGCAUUAACAUUAAUAUCACUAAAAUAUAAAAUCCAUGCUAAAAUAUAAUAUCUAUAUAAUUAAUACUAUAUCACUAAAUAGUAAAUACUAAUCAGUAAUCACCGUGUUUUGUGUACUCUGGUGUGAUCGUGCAGUGUGCACCUUUCUGUCGUUACUCGUUCUUGUCGUUCUUCCUUUUGCGUUUGCCGUUCAAUCUUUUGUGUCCGUCGAUCAGGUACGACGUCCUUGACGCCUACUUGCCGGCACGAUUUAUUUCGUUUUCAUUAUUUUUUAACGAAGCGCGUACCUAGUGACUUACCACCAUUUAAAACUUUUGACGGUAUCGCGACCCACAACACCGAGGCCCAGUAGCGAUACAUCAUACGACCACAGUCCUGCCGGUCAGCGAUCUCUCCGAUUCGGAUUCAAWUCGCCGUCCGUUGCGACCCCGUGUACACAAGAUGAGUCUCCAGUGGACGAUUAUCGCGACGUUCCUGUAUUUCGAAGUGGGCGUGCUGACGCUGUUCCUGGUGCCGUAUAUGUCGGCCAAGCGCUGGAAUCGUCUGUUCCGGUCCAGGUUCUAUCAGGCGCUCAGCGCCCAGGCCCAGUGGUAUUUCACGUUCUUGCUGUUCAUUCUUGUCCUGUUCCUGUUGGACUCCGUGCGCGAAAUGCGCAAAUACUCCAACCCGGAGCUUAAUGACGCCCAUCAACACUUGGACCACGAAAUGCAAGCCAAUAUGCGACUGUUCCGUGCCCAGCGUAACUUUUACAUCAGCGGCAUCGCCUUGUUCCUCAGCUUUGUCAUCAAACGUUUCAUAGCCCUGGUCACCCUGCAAGCGUCAUUGGUGGCCCAAAGUGAGGCGUCGUUAAAACAGGCCCAGAGUGCCAGUGCUGCGGCCAAGUCCUUGUUGACGCGAGAUGACAAAGGAGACGGCGAGUCUGAAGUGCUGACUGAACUAAGAAAAGAACUGGAAUCGAUCAAGGCCGACCGCGACGCAAUUAAAAGUCAAGCAGAAUCUGUCUCCAAAGAAUAUGACAGGCUCAUGGCAGAACACGAAAAACUUCAGAACACUGUUGGCAAUGAAUCAAAGAAGGAUGAUUAAUCUUAAUUUAUAAAUUAUUAGGCAUAAGUCUUAAGUGCUUUAUAUAAUAAUGCAUUUCUGAAUUUAAAUUUCAAAUUAUUUGUUUUUUGGCUUUUUUACUAUUUGUUCUAUUGUUGUUGGGGUGUUAUUUUUUUUUUUUUUAAAAGACCUAGUAAACUAACAUUACUAGAAUUAUUUAUUGUACAUCUCAUAAUUAAUAAAUUUUGGUACUGUAA